AUGUUUUUGAUAAACCAAGAGAAGUAAUUUGUUUGGGAAGAAGGUACCUAAAUGCUGAGAGCAAUUUAUUGGGAUAUUUCUGUGAAACCAUCUGAAUAAAAAACAACAACGCUACAAAUAACUUUUACAAAUAACUAAGAAAUUUAAUAUUCUAGAGAUGGAUCUAUCCUUAGAGUGUAAGUAUUAUAUUAACCUUUAUAGAGAUUUAAUCGAAGAUAUUUCAAGGAAGCCUGAAAUUUUAACAAAUUUAGAUUAAAUAUAAAAUUUAAAAUGGUGGGGAUAAUAUGGAAAAUUAAAUCAAAAGGUGGGAAAAUGGACAGCAACUUGGAACGGUGCAACUAUGAAAAAUGUAGGAGGAUAUUAUUCAAAUACAGGAAAUAAGUAAGGACAAUGGAUAACAUUAAUUGAAAAUUAUUGGUCGUAAGAUAUUCUCUCUUUUUUUAAGUUAAGCAAAAGUUUAUGAGGUAGGAGAAUAUCAAAAUGGAAUACGAAAAGAUAAUUGGAAAUAUAUCUAUGAUAAUAAAAAAAUGUAUAAUAUAUAUUCUCUAUUUCUAAAUAGAGGUGGUGGUAGAUACAAUUAUGAAGGUUAAAAACAUGGAAAAUGGGUUGAGUUAUAGAAAAACUUUUAGGAUCAUAUUUAAGUUAAGUAUACUGGAGAAUAUAAGAAUGGUUAAAAAAUAGGUAUAUGGGACAUUGAGUAUAGGAAUGAAAGAAGAAAUCAUUUUAUAAAAAUGUAAAAAUGCUUCAUAAACGGUCUUAUAGCGGUGGUGGAGCAUAUAAUGAAGUUGGUGAUGGACUUUAGUCAGGGNUUAAGAAAGGAAAAAUAAAUUUAUGAGAGUAAUUAACCCUAAAGCAUUAUCACAAUAUUAUUUCCAGAUUAAUUCGUUGUACAAAUUGAAAUGUAGUGA